AUGGAACAAGUGGUGGAUAGUGAUAGUGUAAUUGCCGUCAUUGUUAUUAUUGUUAUUCCCAUCGUUGUCAUUGUCGUUAUUGUACCGUUGUUAUCGUUCUUGUCGUCAUUGCAUAUUUAUCGAGGAGGAGGAGGAGGAAGUGGAGGAAAUAAGGAAGUUCGUUACGCUCAAUUCUCUUCAUCUGUAGGUUCGAUCAGUACUAUAGCUCCAAUAAACCUGCAAUCUCUACCGCCACCGCCGCCGCCACCGCCGCCGCCGCCACCACCGCCACCGCCCCUGCCGUUGCAGAUGCAGCAGCAGCGUGCCUUUUCGAAGUCGAUGACGUCCCUACCGCCAGAGCCGUUCAUGAUUAUGCGUUCUAAAGCGCUAAAUCGACGCGUUUCGAUUAAUGUUGGUGGUGUAAAGCAUGAGGUACUCUGGCGUACUCUCGAGAGGUUGCCACAUACGCGUCUGGGUCGAUUGAGAGAUUGCAAUACUCACGAGGCCAUAACUGAGCUCUGCGAUGAUUAUUCUCUGAUCGAUAACGAAUAUUUUUUCGAUCGGCACCCGAAGUCUUUUAGCUCGAUCCUAAAUUUCUAUCGUACUGGCAAACUCCACCUAGUAGAUGAGAUGUGUGUAUUGGCGUUCAGUGAUGAUCUAGCAUAUUGGGGUGUUGACGAACUUUAUCUUGAAAAUUGCUGCCAACAUAAAUAUCAUCAACGCAAAGAGCACGUACAUGAGGAGAUGCGCAAAGAGGCAGAAUCACUUCGACAGCGCGAAGAGGAGGAAUUUGGUGAGGGAAAAUGCGCUCAGUAUCAAAAGUGGUUAUGGGAUCUUCUGGAGAAACCAACAACUUCCAUUGCAGCGCGGGAUGAAGAGAAAAGAGACAGCAGAAAAUUCGAGAAAAUUGAUGAAAUACCUAGCGAAUUCGAGUGUUGCUUUUGUACAACAAAGGAAUACAAAGACUUCAGAGAUGCGGAAAAUAUAAUGCCCCUUGCUACCAGUGAUUUUCGUAAUCCAGUGUGUCAAGAAAUGAGAUCUUUCAGACUGAGUAACAGCAGUGGUAAUGGCGGAAGUGGAAAUGGUAUAGAACAUUUCAAUUCAACACUUACAGAAUCAAAGAUAUCUCCUAUUCAGCCAUUGGAAACAUUGAGUUUUGUGAAAAUGUACAAUGAACAGGAAAGCUAUACAAAGGCAUAUAAUGAACAGGGAAGUGUCGAUAGUUCUGAUACAUAUGCAAGUUGUCAAACACACCCAUCAUAUUCUCAGGGUGAUUUGAUUGAAGAAACGGACAGUAAUCUUUAUAUAAAUCCUUUGGAGGCAACAGAGAAAUGCAGAACUGAUCAGAUGAAAAAAUCUAUUUCUGGCGAAGUCGGUCGAAAUCUCAUUACCGAUAUGUCGCCUAGUACUGAAUCUCUAAAAGAGAUCAGCAAAGCUAAUUUAAAUGAUAUCAUACCUAAGCAUAGGAAAAUAAGAAUCCCACAAAGCAUAAAAUCACGGACACAAUUUGGCAAGGAUCAAGAGAAUAUAAUAGUUCGCGGUAUCUUGAAGGAAAAUAAUACUGGAGAGGACAAUAAUAAUCAUUAUGGAGGACUACGUGGUGGCAAACAUUCUCCACUCGUAUCAACAAAUAGUCUGGGAUCAACGCGUAUAAUCAAUUAUCAUUUGAUCGAAUCCCUCGGUGCAUCAAAAUAUUACAAAGAAGCGACCAUCGAGAAUAAGUUUUCAUUAUCUGCAGAUUCGAUAAAUAGCGGCGGUAUACCUUGCACAGACCAUUACCGAGUGUCUAAAUCAAUUCUGAAGAAAUCUGAUAGCAGUAAUAAUUACUAUAGCAAUACUGGUGAUUCAGAUACCGAAAAGUUGAUUACGGACAGCAUGUCUACAGCAAGCAUAUGUGAUAAUGAAAUAGGUUCAUGCGAAGUUCCAGCCAGUACAAAUAAUACACGUACAAGGAAACAUUCCACAUCACCGAUACUUUCGCGACAAGUUCUCGAAUCGAUAUUUCGUACUAAUAACAAUACCGAGAGAGAGUACACAAGUGACAAGGGAGAUAAAAAAAUUAGCGUUGCAAAGAUAUCGAAGAUUUUAUUUAACGAUAUCGAAGAGGAAAAACACGAUCGUAACGAAGUUUCGGAAAAUCAAAAUACAGGAUUGGAUAUACAAUCAUGGAGAUUGAAAAAGAAUGUACAGGAAGCAUCUGAGGAAAGUCAAACUAUGUUAAUACUACGUCCUUAUAAAACGAAGAAAACGGAGGAAAAAAGAAAAUCUAAUAAAUCUAGCGAACAUAACAUGACAAGAACUGUGACAAUCGUAUCAUUGAUUAUUUAUCACGACUACGGAAUCAAUUUCGGCUUUUCGUUCGGCCGACGCAAAGAGUUGAAUGCGACUGGGUCAUAUGGAACGUAAACAAAAGAUGACACGAUCAGCGACUAUUCUGUUCCAAUCCUUUUCUGAAAUUUGAUUAAUAUAUAAAGAAAGGAAGUAUAAAGACCAAAAUAAAUAAAUGUCAUAAUGUAAACUUACGUCAUAACGUUUUGCGACACGUGAAAGAAAACCAAAUUUAUAUAGACCGUUUCAAUAAAUUAUAAAAAAUGUG